AUGUCGCCCACCACAGCAGAUACCGUCAACCAGUGGGCAGAGGUGCAACGCGUGGCAUACGAGAGAGCGUGUCCGCAGCCAGACCUGACAUUUGAGGAAUUGAUGAAAAUACUCAAAAACGUCCUGGCCGGCAUCACAAGCACUGCUGAAGGCGCCAAGCGGAUAGAGUCCCUGGUGAUGAACCGGCCGGAAGAUUUCUUCAACAAAUACGCAAGCACCGUCUAUCAAAUCAUCCACGCAGGCGCCGCCUUUGACGACGACGUCAUUCUACAGCGUCUUGCGGCACUGACGGCCGCUCUUGCAGCAUUGCCUGACGCGAAAAACACCACGGGCAAGACGCUUACCUGGGCGGAUGAAGAAUUAGGCAUUGAAGGCAAAUCAGGGCCGGGAAAGGCAAUCGUCCACGAUCGGCAGCGCCUGUGGUCCGACUUGCCUACCUUUGGCGACGAGAUGCGCCGAAUGUGGAUCGAUGGCCCGGCAUCCAAGGCGCAACGCGAGGAAGAAGGGCUCUCCGAAGAGGCCGCCCGUCAACAGUGGUCCAACUGCAACGCAUUCGCCGCCCACCUGGCCAAGCUCUCGCAACGUCGCGGUGACGUUCUCGACCUCUAUCUGUGUGCCAUCUGGACUCUCAGGCGGGCCCUUGAGGACCGCAAGUCCGACGGCUGCGGCCAGCCGCAUGAGCUGCGGAUGCAUAUCGCGGGAGCGGCUCAGUGGAUACGAAUUCUAGGUAAAGAAUUGCGAGACGCGGACUGGAAGUUCUCCGGCAGCCAGAAGCUGAACGCGGGCGGUGGUCCUCGUUAUGAUGCGGAUCUGCAUGGCUACGGCUUUUCUGAAAAACGGUGGGAGUUGUGGAAAUGCAGGUUUGAGGACUUUGCGCAGGACGAAACAGUGGACGAAGAGACGCGGCAGAUCGCCAGGGAUGCGGCAAGGGAAAUGGCUUGA